GACACGAUUCGCACGAUCGACCUGAUAUAAGCGUCACGCCGGUCCGUCCUCCUCGACCUCCCCUCCUCCCCCUUCGUCCCAUCCUAUCUCCCACGUCUCCAUCAUGAGCGGAAGAGUUGCCUCAGAGUACCCGUCAUGGAAGAAGCUCCAACAAACCUACGACUCUGAGAAGUCGAAGCUCGUCCUGAAGGACCUCUUCGCCCAGGACCCGCAGCGCUUCGCCAAGUUCAGCAAGGAGUACGUCUCGCCCGAUGGCCCGCCGGUCACCUUCCUGCUCGACUACUCCAAGAACCUAAUUACGGAGCCGAUCCUCGCGAGGCUGCUCUCGCUCGCGCGCGAGGCGGAGCUCGAGACGUACCGCGACAAGAUGUUCGCGGGCGAGCACAUCAACACGUCCGAGGACCGCGCCGUGCUGCACGUCGCGCUCCGCAACUUCAACGACUUCCAGAUCCAGGAGGCCGGCGCGGACGAGGUGCAGGCGUUCACGGAGGCCGUCCGGAGCGGCGCGUGGAAGGGCUACACCGGCAAGACGAUCAACACGAUCGUCAACAUCGGCAUCGGCGGGUCCGACCUCGGGCCCGUCAUGGUCACGGAGGCGCUCAAGCCGUACGCGAAGCGCGACCUCGCGGCGCACUUCGUGUCGAACAUCGACGGGACGCACAUGGCGGAGACUCUGCGGUUGUGCGACCCCGAGACGACGCUGUUCAUCAUCGCGAGCAAGACGUUCACGACGCAGGAGACGAUCACGAACGCGGUCACCGCGCGGGAGUGGUUCCUCACGACCGCGAAGGACAAGGCGCACGUCGCGAAGCACUUCGUCGCGCUGAGCACGAACACGAAGGCCGUCACCGAGUUCGGCAUCUCGUCCGCGAACAUGUUCCAGUUCUGGGACUGGGUCGGCGGGCGCUACUCGCUCUGGAGCGCCAUCGGCCUCUCGAUCGCGCUCGUGAUCGGGUACGCCAACUUCGAGGAGCUGCUCCGCGGCGCGCACGGCAUGGACAAGCACUUCAAGACCGCGCCGCUCGAGCAGAACCUGCCUGUGCUCCUCGCGCUCGUCGGCCUGUGGUACAACGACUUCUACGGCGCGCAGACGCAGCUCCUCCUCCCGUACGACCAGUACAUGCACAAGUUCGCGGACUACUUUCAGCAGGGCGACAUGGAGUCGAACGGCAAGUUCGUCACCAAGGGCGGCCAGCGCGUCGACUACCAGACCGGCCCGAUCAUCUGGGGAGCGGCAGGCACGAACGGCCAGCACUCGUUCUACCAGCUCGUGCACCAAGGUACGAAGCUAAUCCCGGCGGACUUCAUCGCUCCGGCGACGACGCAAAACCCCAUCCGCAACUCGCUGCACCACCGCAUCCUCCUUAGCAACUACUUCGCGCAGCCCGAGGCGCUUGCGUUCGGCAAGACGGAGGAGGAGGUCCGCAAGGAGGUUGGCCCGAACGCCACUGAGGCGCUGAUCAAGUCGAAGGUGUUCGAGGGCAACCGUCCGAGCAACAGCAUCAUGUUCCCCAAGCUCACACCCGCGACGCUCGGCGCGCUCAUCGCGCUCUACGAGCACAAGAUCUUCACGCAGGGUGUUAUCUGGGGCAUCAACUCCUUCGACCAAAUGGGUGUCGAGCUCGGCAAGGUCCUCGCGAAGAACAUCCUAGCACAGCUCGACAAGCCGGCGGACGUCGUUGGUCACGAUAGCUCGACGACAGGGAUCAUUCACUACUACCAGAAGCACAGACAGGAGUGACUUGUCUCCGGCAUGGCACAAUACUAGAAGUGAGGGUUGAACGAAGAUAGGGCAGGAAGAAGUCAUUGCAUGUAGAAGAUCUGUAUCAGCAACAACAAAGAGAAUCUUAUCUGACACGUCACUGCGAGAUGGGUAUAUUGGAUGGCCCCUUGUUGCCAGUACAAGAGUAAGAAGGAGCUUCCAGAUGAUGCUGAGAACUACAAAGACUAAACACAAGUGCAGAAUGGUUAGCAAUGUUAUGUUCUUCGGUCAUAAUGAUAGAGAACCUCUGUUUCAAAAGGAACAUUGCAUGCUUCUGGGUGAUUGAGAGACAGUACCAGUGUUCAUAUGA